AUGUCGGCGACGCCUCGCAAGCCCAGUACCCCGGGCAAUUCCAAUAGAAACUCGACUGCAGAAAGUCACACAGCCAGCGGCACUGCAUCGCGAACGCACACCCGCUCUCCCAGUGCUUCGACAAAUGGCGUCACUCGUUCCCCGUCCCUCCGUGCUUCGACACCGGUCUCUGCGCGGGCUGCGGCUCGGAAACCCGGUCGCUCCAACCUGAGCACAUCCAGUGCCCCCAAAGUUACGCCCAAUCAAUCCGACGAAGAGGCCCGGGCCCAGACCGCUGCUCUCAUCGAUGACCUCAAGGAGCAGUUGCAAAAGGCGGAGACCGCCUCGGAGCAGUAUCGCAAGCAGUUGGGUGUCCUCCAGAUGCGCCUCGAUGAGGCGGUGAGCGAGCAAGGCAAGUUGGAGGACCAGAGCCAUGAGAGGGAUAGCAAGAUUGAGGCCCUGAAUGGCGAGAUCCGUGACCAUGUUCGCCAGAUUCGCGACCUCGAACAGGCACACGAACUGGAGCGGAACGCUAUGCUGCAGGAAAAGGAGCAGCAGGCGAGUCGUGAAGAAGAGAUGCAGGCUACCAUCCAACGUCUGAAGGAGUCGCUGGCCCAGAAGGAGCGGGCAAAUGCUGCCGAUUCGGAUAAAACCAGUUUCCGUAACCGGGCAUCACCGGAUGUCGAUGGUCAAUUCGCGCCCUCUUCCCAGAUCGAGAGAAGCCCUUCCCGCAAUAACUCGAAGCUGCUUUUGCAGAAGGAUAAGUUGAUUGAGUCUCUUCGGCUUGAGCUGGCUGAGUCCCAGAUCAAACUUGUCGAGAUGGAGAACAAGGGCGGUGGCAGACAGCGGGAGCUGGAGAAAGAGCUUCUGGAAGCUCGCAUGGCGAAUGCCCGCUUGAUGGAGGAUAAUGAGAGCUAUCAAUUACUCCUUAGUGAGAGAACCCUCAAUGGUGAUUUCACAAAGGGUGACUUCAUGCGGGAAGUUCACCCGGACACUGCCGAGGACGUCAAGGAGCCUGGCAGUGGCUUGGGUUCGUUGGCUGACGAGCUAGAAUCCGUCGAUGCUCGAGCAGAGACAGACAACACCCGCAAGCUGGAGACGGAGAUCAAGGCCCUGAAGGACCAGAACAAGGCCCUUACCCUCUAUAUCGAGCGGAUUAUCAGCCGCCUCCUGCAGCAUGAUGGUUUCGAGACCAUCCUUGACAAGAAUGAAAACGACCCCCCUUCCAAGCCGAUGCCUGCGCACAGCAACAAAGAGCUUCCGCCAACACCCCCUGAGAAGGAUGAUGCGCAGCAGACCUUCCUCCAGCGCGCCAAGUCGGUCGUUGCAGGCCCGAACCCGAACCCUCCUAGGCCUUCGACUCAGCCGCGGUCACGUCCCACGAGCUAUAUGCCUCCACCCACCAGUGUGCCCACCGCCCACGAGAACCCGCAGACGGCACCUAGCAUUCCCCUUCGUGCUGGGUCAAUUCGCGGUCACCGCCGCACAAGGUCGGAACAAACGGACGUUGGAGCAGCAUCCGUCGUGGGUCAGAUGUAUCGGGGACGCAACUCGGGCGGUCCGAUCAGCCCUACUCUCCUGGGACCUGGAAAUCGGCAAAGCGCAUUCUCUAGCGCGAGUAUCAUGUCGAGUAUGAGUACCGGUGGUCGUGCGCCUUCACUCUCCAGUCAGCCUGAGCACAGCCGGUUGAGCAGUUCGGAUAGUGUCACGAGCGACCCCGCUGGUGAUACGGCAUCCACCGGUGCAACCUCCAGCUCUCCCCGCUCUAGCACCGGCAUGACCAACUACACUGGGGCUGUCAUGACUCAGAACAAACUGCGUCCCCUGCGCCUAGUCAGCGAGACUAAGCUGGCCGAGGAAGAAGAAGCUGCCCGCAAGAAGGCUAAUCGGGGCAGUUGGAUCCCCUGGUUCAACCGUCCCAACUCUAGCGAGGCCACCCAACCUUCAACCUGA